AUGCUCCUUGGCCGGCUGACCCCUCUCCUGAGCCUGCUUGUUGGGACCUGGCUGCCCACAGGCUCAGGGAGGCCUGGACCCUGGGCCCGCCCACCUCAGUCCUGGGCUGCAGCCAAUCAGACCCGGGCUCUGGGCCAAGGCACCCCAGUACCCCUGGUGCUGGCCUCUGCCCUCAGCAGCUGGAAGGCUUUCUUGGGCCUGCAGAAAACCAGACGGCUGGGGAUAGGUGGGCUGCAGCAUAAGCAGAAGGAGGCCACCACUGUGUCUCUGCCACUAGACCCGUGGGAAGUGACCCAGGAAAAUUGCAAAGCUGUGCCCUUCACUCAGGUGCUCUCCCAGCCUGGCUGCAUGGCCGCCCGCCUCCGCAAUCACCUCUGCUUUGGCCACUGCUCCUCUCUCUACGUUCCCAGCUCAGACCCCACCUCGCUUGUCCUCUGCAACAGCUGUGUGCCCGCUCGCAAGCGCUGGGCACCCGUGGUCCUGUGGUGUUGGGUGGGGAGCCCAGCCUCCCGUCGGCGGGUGAAGACGUCCACCGUGCUUGUGGAGCGGUGCACCUGCAGCCCGAAGGCAUGA